AUGCAAAUAACAAAUCAAUGGAUAGAAGUGUGUCCAAAAGUAACAAGUAAGGAUAAAGCUGAAUUUGUGAGAGUAAUUGCAGAAGCAAAGUUGAAAUUGAAAAACUCUAGGUUGAAGAAAGUCUCAUUUCCUCCUCCUAGUUCAAGUGCAUCAUUAGGUUUAUGUUUUAAUGAAUCAGAGGAGAUGUAUGGAUCAAAAAGGAAGAGGUCAACCACUAUAGGGAGUAGAAGUAGUAGUAGUAACCCUGUUAUGAAAGCAUUUAACAUUGGAGCUCGAGAACGAUUAAAUAGUGAGAUAGCUAGAAUGUUUUAUUCAGCAGGCUUGACAUUUCAUUCGGCAAGAAAUCUUUACUAUAUUAGUGCAUUUACUUUUGCUGCAAAUAACAACCUACAAGGAUAUGUACCACAUGGGUAUAACAUGUUGAGAACUACGUUGCUUCAAAAAGAAAGGAAUAACAUUGAUAGGUUGUUAGACCCUAUUCGAGACACAUGGAGAGAGAAGGGUGUGAGUAUAGUCAGUGAUGGACGGAGUGAUUCCCAACGAAGGCCAUUAAUAAAAUUUAUGGCUGUUACUGGAGGUGGGCCUAUGUUUCUUAAAGCGGUUGAUUGUUCAGGAGAAACAAAAGACAAGUAUUUUAUUUCCAACUUGAUGAAGGAAGUAAUCAUGGAGGUUGGGCCUAAAAAUGUGGUUCAAGUCAUUACAGAUAAUGCCGUAAAUUGCAAGGCAGCGGGGCACCUAAUUGAAGCACAAUUUCCUCACAUCUUUUGA